AGGCGGACGAAACGGCGUCGAGCAUUCCGGCGACGCCAGACAACGCGGCACAAUCGAGACGAGAUAAUCGCCGUGGGACGAAGCUUUAAACUACCCCGUGACUAUCCACCUAGACAGUCGGUCCGCAGCGUCUGAGCGUGUACCAAGGAUGGGAGUUGUGAAGACGGCGUCGGAGAGCAUUCUCGAGGAGACCGUGGUGCCGAGCGAAGAAGCGAAUUACUCGCAGCAGGGUUACGCCGAGGAAUGGAGCGAAAAUUUUCCUUAUCAGCUUCUGAUAGCGGCAGGAGUAGCCAUAGUUGGCUUGGUUCUUCUGGCAGCGGUGAGCUUCCAAUGCUCUUCCACUUGGCGAUGGUUAAUGAGCAUGACUCGACAUGAGAAUAUCGAGGAUACGGAGACCGAUCAGAUUCAACAAAAUGCAAUUCGCAUUAGUCAUUCACUCCCGGAUCUUCAAUCGGAACCGAUCACUCACGAAUAUGUUCAAGAACAAAAGGAGAAUAAAAAGGUAUUGCGUCAAACCACCUUACCCAUUGUGCCAAUGAGACAUCAAAGCUUCCAGCGACAAUUAUCGCAUCGGCUUGAUCUGCCUAACAUUAAAUUCAGUAUUUGCAGUUUCGAGAAUCGCAGCGAUUCUAGUCUUGGUCUUAUCAAGCCGGAGUUAUAUAAAAAAGAGCUCGUGAGACAAGAGAGCGCGGAAAGCUCCAGUACAACAGAAAUGGAAUAUGCUGGAAAAUUACAUUUUGCUCUUCGCUAUGAUAAGGAAAUCGAAGGUCUUGUUGUCAAAGUUCUGGAAGCUCGCGAAUUGCCAAUAAAAGAUGUAACGGGUAGCAGUGAUCCGUACAUCAAAGUAUACUUGUUGCCAGACAGGAAAAAGAAAUUUCAAACAAAAGUACAUCGAAAAAAUUUGAACCCGAUAUUCAAUGAAACGUUUAUUUUUAGUGUAUCAUAUGAAGAACUGAGAGAACGUUACCUACAAUUCUCGGUUUACGAUUUUGAUCGGUUUUCACGUCACGAUCUCAUUGGACAAGUAGUUCUUAAAGGGCUUUUAGAUUGCACCGAUCUCGAACAAGAAAUCGAAUAUACGAUGGAUAUUCUCUGUGCUUUACAGGAGAAAGUCGAUCUAGGAGAAUUAAUGUUAUCGUUGUGCUAUCUACCCACGGCCGGUCGGUUGACAUUAACCGUGAUCAAAGCUAGGAACCUCAAGGGAAUGGAUAUAACAGGCAAAUCAGAUCCUUACGUGAAAGUCUAUCUACUGUGCCAAGGUAAAAGAAUAAAGAAGAAAAAGACAACGGUGAAGAAGAACACUCUUUAUCCCAUUUACAACGAGGCACUCGUUUUUGAUGUUCCCGCGGACAAUAUCGAGGAUGUUAGUCUUAUAGUGAAAGUAAUUGAUUACGAUAGAAUCGGGUCGAAUGAGUUAAUGGGUUGUACUGCGAUUGGAUCAAGCUUCAUUGGAAUUGGCCGUGAUCACUGGUUAGAAAUGUUAGAUAAUCCAAGAAAACCGGUAGCACAAUGGUAUCCCUUAAUGGAGACUGUAUCUGGCCAUAUUCCAGCUGUAAAUUCAGAACCACUCCCAGUAAGCUUGAGCUGCUUAAACAGAUGAAGACGAGAGGCCGAAGGUAAACACUGCAGAAGCUCGCAAAUAUUAUCGGACGUCGGUUUGGACAUCAUUUCCUUCUGUCGUCAUUUAAUGCACAUCGCUUGACUGACUUAAGUACAACCUCUGUCUCAAACGAAGGCCGGAAGGCGAACUCUGUGCUUUGCAAUCUUACCUCGUGCAGCAGGCAUGAAAUAAUAAACGAUCCGUUGUGACGAAAAACUGAUCACACUCGCGAAAACAUAUGUUGCUCAAUUCCAAACGAUCCGAUAGCGAUCGCGACGGAAACUGAGAUGCAUUUGCGUUGCUUUGUCUUUCGAGCUGCUGCUCGCAAAUAGUGCGGGCUGGUCCCGCACGGCUUCACAAACGCAGGUUGUUGUAUUCACAGUAUUCCCGUAGAGUUUCCUUACACGUGAUGUUGAGCAUGACGGUUAAAUGUUUUAGAUUAACACGUGAGAUCAGCUAAGUAAGUUUUUUUAUAGAAGACAAACAUGUUUGAGGAGCAUAAGGCCUUACCCUCAAUAAAGAUGAGACGGACGGAGGCAGAUUUAGGUGACGGAUUGUAUUAGCGGCAGAGAGUGCCAUUAAAUACGAUGGUAGAUUUCUAAGAUACUACUACAGAUAGUAAAUGCGUUGGAUCUAUUUGCCGUUUAUUAUUUCACGCUCGCUACCACUUCUGCGCAAAUGUUCUAUUAACGUGAUAUAUGUUUAAACAUAACGCUCGGCAGACGAGCACUGUUUGUGAUAAUGUAUCUGAACACAUACGCGUACCGACACACAUAUACGUACAAAUAACACGCGUGAUCUAAAGAUCACAUAUAUCAGUAAUUGCUUCGUACACGUAUGUACGUUUGCAACUGACGCGACUAUUCGAUAUUGUGAACUUGAUAAUAAAUAAUAAUAUAUACAUCUCUAGAUCGUGUAAGUUAAUUAUAUCAUAAGGAAAGAAGGGUGGACAAUGCAGUCCUCUUAUAAUUUAAUAAAUUACAAAUAUAUUAUUUAUGUGUAUGUGUGUACGUUUAAGAAUGUAAUCGAAAUAAUAUUCUGAAGAUAGCGUGAGAUUUAGUGUAGAUGAGUUUUCAACAAGAAAAUUGUUUAAUUUUUGAAUGAGUUGCAUUUGAACCAAACUUUCGAAUGUCUUUAACAGGUUAGUGCGAAUUUUGUUUUAUUAACAUAUUUUUAUAAAUUUAUUUGCUAAUUAAACAAUAUGUAAGUCUGAAUAUUGAAGAAGUAUGGGCGUUUCUGGAAAAUGGAUGAACACAGAAAAAUUAGAUGUUUUCAAAACAUCUCAUGAAGAAUAAAGAAAAUGAGGAGCUAA